CUCGCCAGCCCUCCGUCACACACUCGUCCCCAAAAGAGCCCGAGCCCGAGUCCAUGCCCCUGCCCCUGCCCCACAGGGGAAGAAACUCCCGCGUGGCUGGCUCCCGAGUAGCGAGCACUAGCCUCCCGCGGGCUACGGCCCACUCGCCAAGGCGUGCCGGCCGCGGGGCCCCGUCGUCGAGCCAUGCACAACGCCUCACCCGGCGACGCCAUUCCUCCGAGCAGGUCCCACCAGGGCCCGAGCCGGAGGCUGACUUCCGCUCGGGAAAGUGGCUCCAAGAGCGCGCCGGAGGGGACACCAGGGACUCGCGGCAGGCUGCGCGUGCUGGGAUGGGAUCUAGGCACAGGAUCUGUAGUCGGGAAGAAGUAGUGAUCCCGUGUGCUUCUGACAAUGAUUCAGGGAGUGUGGAUUUGCAGCUGAGCAACUUAGAGAAUAUUGAAAAAGAUCCAAGUAGCCUUGAACUUACAGACUCCAACAUCUCUGACAUCGCUGAACUCUCUCGGGAACCGCUCACAGAUAGCUUCAGACGCCUGACCCAAAAGGACCCCCUCAGUGAGGCCAUUGUUGAGAGGCUGAUCCAGUCUAUCCAGGAGGUUUUUGAUGGUGAGCUACAGAGUGAACUUGAGAAGCUGACAUUCCUACGAUCUUUGUCUUCUCUCAGCCGAACUUUACCCUAUGAUGACACCACAGAAUCAUUCAUUCACAGCCACAUAGAAGACAUUGUGUGUAUCCUAAAUAUGCUGGUAGAAGAGGAGCCUGUGCAUUCUCUCUUGAGCUCUGUGCUCCAGGAGGUCUUUGUCACCAUCGCUGACCUCAGCUACCAAGGUGUCCACUUGCUAUUUGGCUCUGAAGAUGGAGCUGAUUUGUUCAGUCUUAUUACAAAAAGUAUAAUCACUCUGCCCUCCGUAACAACUCUUAUCCAGCUGCAGGAAAUCAUGCCAAGUGGGUCCUACAACACAGAGUGUCUCUACAGGCAGACGUUUCAAGCAUUCUCUGAGAUGCUCCAGAGUUUGGUAGUAGAAGACCCACAUUUGGAAAAUCUUGACACCAUUUUUAAGCAAAUGGACCCCUGGUUACAAUCAACCAAAGACCAUGAGCGGGAACGGGCCACAGCCAGCAUGGCUCAAGUACUAAAGUGCUUAUCCAGACAUCUCAGCCUGAAGGUAAGCAGCCCUUCAGUCACACAGGAAGAAGGAUCCAAAGCCAUCCUAUUACUGCCUAUUUCCCCUCCAGUGAUUCACUUCAACCUCGGGAUUGACCAGACUUGCAAAAUCAAGAAAAAAGAAAUAAGCCAGAAAGUAAUAUUUCAUGUUUCCUUCUCAGAUAUCAGUUAUGACAAAAAUCACCCAAGCUUGAGAAGAGCAAUGAAAAAGUGUCGAGAACUCCUAGAACUCUACAGUAUUAAACGGUUCUACAGUUGUCCCUUCAAAAUUGCCCAGGUAAUCAGAGUACCAGAAAUUAUGGGAGUUAUCUGUGCCCGGCUAUGCAUAAUCAGCCAGCCUAGAGUCCGACGACAAAUCAUAAAUACUGUGAGUUUGUUUAUCUCCAGGCCCAAGUACACAGAUAUAGUGAUCAACCACCUUCUGUGUCAUCCAGUACCAUAUGACAGGCAUCUGGCUGAGUUGUGGAGAACUCUGGAGGUGGAACUGCCCAGCACCACCUGGAUUCUGUGGAGACUUCUGAGGAAGCUGCAGAAAUGCCAUAAUGCGCCCACCCAAGAGAAGAUGGCCUAUGUGGCUGUUGCUGCAACAGAUGCCCUUUAUGAGGUGUUUGUGGGCAACAGGCUCCGAGCAGCUACAUUCAGACUCUUUCCUCAGCUUCUCAUGACACUGCUCAUCCAGAUACACCACAGCAUCGGUCUCACCAUGUCUGAUGUCGCCAUCCCAAGUGGCCUGUACACAGAACAGGAAAUGUCUUCAGAGGUCACCCCUUUGUGCUUCGCCAUACAGGCUACAAAGACUCUCCUCCUCAGAACAUUGUGCUGGCAGGAAUUCAACAUCAUGGAAAAGAAUAAAGGAUGGACCCUCCUGGAAGGAAAAGAGUGCCAUCUUCAGGGAGUAUCUCUCCUUGCCAAUGCGUUGCUAGAAAGAAAUCGCCUCCUUGCACAUAAAGUCAUGUACUUGUUGGUCCCUCUUCUUAACCGAGGGAAUGAUAAACAUAAACUCACAUCUGCAGGAUUUUUCGUGGAGCUUCUCCAGAGUCCAGUGGCUAGGAGACUGCCCAGCAUAUACUCUGUUGUCCGCUUGAAAGACUGGCUACAUCAUGGAAAUAGUGUCUUCAAAUUUCUUGCCCUAAAGGGACUGCGCUAUCUUAUCAAACACCAGGAGAUGAGGGAAGGCAUCAAGAGCCUGUUGCCGUGCAUCUUAGACCUCUUAUGUGAAACCGACGAGAAGAUUGUUUUGUUGGCCAUCCAGAUACUCUUGCAACUCGUUGGGAUAAUGGAUUUCACCACCCUGACAGCCAUGAUGAAGACCCUGUUCUCCCUAUUUGGUGAUGUGAGACCUGAUGUUCAUCGUUUCUCCAUGACCCUCUUUGGAGCCUCCAUAAAGUCUGUGAAAUACACAGAUAAGAAGAGUGUAGAGAAUCAAGUCCUGGACAGCCUGGUCCCACUACUUCUGUAUUCUCAGGAUGAAAAUGAUGCAGUAGCUGAGGAGAGCAGGCAAGUCCUAACCAUAUGUGCCCAGUUCCUGAAGUGGAAGCUGCCCCAAGAAGUGUACUGCAAAGAUCCCUGGUACAUCAGCCCUCGGGAAGCUGGAGCAGUCUGCAGAUUCUUUGGAAAAAAAUGCCAGGGGACAGUUAACCUCCUCGCCCAAACAUUGAUGUUCUCCAAGAACGCAAAGCUUCCUAUCAGGAGAGCAGCAGUCUUAUUCGUAGGACUCUUAUUAAAGUACGUGGAUCACAGUGAGCUCAGGAUGAAGGGCACUGACUGGAUAGAGAACGAUCUGAGAGAUCUGCUGGGUGAUCCUGAGCCCUCUCUGCGCAUCAUCGCCUCUCGGGCUCUCUUCCGAGUGCAGAAGGUGGGGGCUGAACCAGAUCCCAGGCAGUCCGUUUGCGGGCUGAGGAACCUCAUCAGAUGUCUUCCUACUUAGAAAUGCAAG